CGUGCGCACGCAUUGUGAACAGCCCUCUCCUCGAGCUGUGUACACGAGCGCCUGCUUCGGUGUCCGCAUUAACUCUGUCACACAGGGAUCUCCAGCAACAGUGUCUGCCUACGCGCUAACCGAGAUCCGGGAGCUGCUCCACGAACGAGGCAACAGAAAAAAGUAUCCUAUCGAGGGAGGACAGCAGGUCGGCUGCUGGUGCUAUUGAGCAGGAAAGGAUAUUUCAGGUGCUAGCUCUACUUUCGUAGACAACUCUACCCGGCAUCUCACCGCCGGACGGAAGGCAGCCGCGUAUCACUGACCGAGAGUCUUAAGGGAACCGAGUUGGAAGUAUUUUUUCUUCCACAGGAAGAUGGCAUCAAAUGACUCGCGGCUCCAGCAGCAACCCUCCCAGAAGGAUGCGGCCGACCAGAACUUUGACUACAUGUUCAAGCUUCUGAUCAUUGGCAACAGCAGCGUAGGAAAAACCUCCUUCCUGUUUCGCUACGCAGACGACUCCUUCACCUCCGCCUUCGUCAGCACCGUGGGCAUCGACUUCAAGGUCAAGACCGUCUUCCGCAAUGACAAGAGGAUCAAGUUGCAGAUCUGGGAUACAGCAGGGCAAGAGCGCUACCGUACCAUCACCACAGCCUACUACAGAGGAGCCAUGGGCUUCCUGCUCAUGUAUGACAUCACAAACCAGGACUCCUUUAACGCAGUUCAGGACUGGGCGACGCAGAUCAAGACGUACUCGUGGGACAAUGCUCAGGUGAUUCUGGUUGGUAACAAGUGUGACCUGGAGGACGACAGGAUCGUACCCACAGAGGAUAGCCAGAGACUGGCAGAGGAUCUAGGUUUCCAGUUCUUCGAGGCCAGCGCCAAGGACAACAUCAACGUGAAGCAGGUGUUUGAACGUCUUGUGGACGUCAUCUGUGAGAAGAUGAACGAGAGCAUGGAGGGAGACAUCAACCUCGUAACCAACCACAGGAACCAGGCCCUUAAAGACUCGCCUUCAGAGAGCCACGGGGGCUGCGCUUGCUAAAGCAUCUGACCUCUUACUGGCUCCCCUGACACACACACACACACACACACACACACACACACACACACACCGCUCCCCCUAACUGCAGCAUGGCAAGAGAGUUGGCAUGGCAAAACCUACUAUGCUUAUUAACAGAGUAUUUACAAAGUGGUGAAUUAUAUUUCUUUUUCUUCUGGUUACUGACAUAGUGACUUGAAAUGAAAGAAAGGGAAGAACACGGAUCUCUCAGAAGGAUAAAUGUACUGUAGACUUUAACUGUGCUGUGUGCACUUUCAGGAGAAUCAAUGAGCUGGUGCAGAACGUUGGUUAAAAGAGUCUGCGUCACUUUGUAUGCCUUUACUGUAAUAUCUCAUCUUCUCAUUGAAGUGAAUAGAAUUAGGUUUUAUUUCCCUUCAGUUAAACUGUACCUUAAAUUUGCUUUUUUGUGUGCCUUAUGUCUUUUUAGACAUCUCGGUAUUGAACUGUCACCUCCCCUUGUCCUGAUUGAUGGAUGAUUUGAAUUGGAUUACACCACAAAUCAGGAAUGGAAAAAACGUAUUGAGAUUUUUUGCUACUAUUUUCUGUUAAAGGAAUACUUCACCCACAAUAUGAUUAUUUGUAUAUCAAUUACUCACACCUAGAAUAAAACGUUGUUUUUCUCGCAUGCCUCCAUGGUGAGUAAAGAAUCAAAAACGAAGAAAAGUCUUAAAUAAUUGAUGAAUAUUAACGACAGCAAAACUAUUUUCACUCAAACCUUACUAUUUAAAACACUUCGGGUGAGUAGUGCGCCUGCGCAAGCGUGAGCCUGUUUAUGCUGAAGUGUUUUUAAAUAGUAAGGUUUUAGUGAAAAAGCCUGUGUUUGAGAAGUAGUGAGCAUACGACUGGAUAAAUGAGAUUUAGAUUAUACUGCACCAGUUGUGUGAGAGUUUGUAAACGGAA